GGGAGGUGGCAGCAGGGCAUGCUCCAAUUGAUCAGCCUUCGCAAAGUGCCAGAGAACAUCCUGGGUCCCUCCUGAUGUGCGGAGUUUGACAAAAAGAAAGGAUUUUUUUUCACAGCAGAUACUACACAGUGCUUUUUUUUCCCUACCUGCAGAGGCAGGAUUUUCAAUUUUAUAAACACGCUGUGAAGAGUCCGCAAAUGUGUUCGAAAACGGCAUGAGGAAGUCAACCUGCCAAUCGCCAAAAGGCCGAUUUAAUGACGACAGGCUGCUACACGUUUAUGUACUUGGCAUUUGUGUGGGAAAACACCUCCAGGCACUAAUUAAGGGGAAAGCGGACCCCCCGCACGGCGACCAUGUGAGUGUGCGGCGGCUGGACGUGCAGCUGCUGACGCGGGACCCCCUUCCGAAGCCGGCUGCUCGCGGAGCCACACGCACGUGGGGGAGUAAGAGUGCGGCCCUUUGAACUCUGCAGCGGGCUCCCGGUGGCGAAAGCUGAGGCCGGGAUUUUCCAGGUGUCUGACUGUACGCAGGGGGGCCAACCUGGUGGGCGGGGCCAGACGUGGAACAUGCCGGAAAUGGAGGACUUCUCGCCUCCGGCCCGCAGCCCGGCUGACCCAGCGCUGAUCCAGAGGAAUGUUCUGGAGGAGCAGGUGGAGCUGUGGUGGUUCCGGCAGCCGCGGCGGUCGCUGCUGUGCUUCUUCGCGGCGGUGGUGCUGAUCAUGGUCUGCGGGUUGGGUGGCAUCGUGCUGCUCUCCUCUACCACCAGCAUGUCCAGCGAGUGGCGGCUGGGCGCGGGGACAGCGCUCUGCCUCCUGGCGCUCGCCGUGCUGCUCAAGCAGCUGCUCAGCUCCGCCGUGCAGGACAUGAACUGCGUACGCAGCCGUCGCCGCAUCGACGUGCUGAAGAGCGGCGGCCUCCUUGACCUCAUGGUCCUAGUGCUCGCAGGCCUGGCGUUGCUGAUGUGCGGGGCUGUGCUGCUCAGACUGGCCAUCGCCAACGGCCUGCCCCGGCCAGGACUGGCCCUCAAUGACAUGUUCAUCUCCAGCGUGGUGCUGCUGUCCGUCGGCGGGGUCACCGUGCUGGCCGUCACCAUCUACUCCAUCGUGGUCUUUCUCCAGGACAGAAUCGGCAAUCCCCAAAGGCUGCGAGAUCGGGCGGUGGAGGUGUUCACCGUGUCGGGCCACAUGAACCAGGGUCGCCGAGAAACCACCUCCAGCUUGGCUAACCUCAUCUGAGGAAAGAUCUGGUGCGUGGAUGAGCUUCAGAUCCAAAUCGGUUUAGGAGAAAUGUCCGACCGUAAUGCAUAUUCAUCCGAACGAUCAUGAGGCCACGUUUGCGCUGAGAAAUGCCUUAAGAAGCUGCAGCUGGAGAUCUGAAAGGCCACACCUUCAAAAGAGCAAAUUUCCGCAGAGAGAAAUCCAACGAAACGUCAUAAGAGAAUCGAUCGAUGUUAUGUUGGUACAAAUUUUUCUAGCAAGAGUUCAAUUUCCACCGAUGUGCAUAGUUAUGAGGCAAUGUGUCAUUGGUGUCCAUUGAUGCUAUAAAUCCAUGCAGUAAUCAGUGAUUAAAUGAGACAAAUUGCUUUUUAGCUGAGAACUCCCUAACCUUGCGUGAUGUUAUACUGGGUGCACUUAUCAAUCCACUGCUUGGUGGAGGAUGACUCUGAUCUCAGGGUCACAGAAAGGGGAAUUGAACAAUGCUAUUGCAAAUACCAAUGUGGAAUAAUGGCUUCACUUACAAACCAAAUUCUGCAAACUUAAGUUUAUUGUGUUGCACAGAACUUCCAUUGAAAUUCAAUAAUCAUAUUUAUUUUUCUAUACUAGAAAUCAAUUAACUAAUUUGUUCUAUUUCUGCAAGUAAUAAAAUGAAUAUUUUCCUGCGUAA